AUGGAUCCGCCCUUCCAAGUCAGAUCCAUCCUGGCGUACAAUUCCGAACACGAAGAUGAUUUGUCCUUUGCUGCCGGCGAAAUCAUCACCGUGACCGAGAUCGAGACGGACGAUUGGUACAUCGGCACCUUGGAUGGUCGCCUGGGUAUGUUUCCCAAAACAUUUGUGACCAUUGAGUCGCCCAAACCUGUAGAACCUGUAAUUCUGCCUCCUGCUUCAAAAAUACAAUCUGAGUCUGCUCCCGUGAAGGAGGCGGAGAGUGAUGCCGGUGCCGAUAUGCCCGAAUCCCAAUCUGCGCCUUUGCCUACUCCCGCUGCUGUUCCGGCGGCUAGUCUUUCUCCAGUAACUAAGGAUCAUACAGUAGUUAAGCCACCAGUGCCUUCUGUGCCUCUUCCCAUGCCAAACACACACAGAAAGGAGGACCCGUACGCCAUCAACAAGCAGUUCAUCGGCGCCGGAAAAUCUACAUAUAUUCCACCGGUGAAGCCGCGCGACCAGUCCAAUGUUGUACAUGGGUUCCAUGAUGUGGCAGAAAAUUCCGAAAUAUUCCGCGAACAAACCGAGCACAAGGAAGAGGAAGAUGCCGGCCCUCAGGUGAGCGUAAAGGAAAGAAUCGCAUUGCUUCGUAAAAAACAGCAGGAGGAAAUCGAAAAGGCUGCUGCUCGCCAGAAAAAGAAGGACGAACAGAAGGCGGCCAAAGCUGCUUCGCUUAAAAACCAAAACACCGCCUCUCUGCUCGAAAGUGUUCCUCCGUCUUUAGUUUCUGCUACCUCCACAGGCAGUGUUGGCGACGUAGAGUCCGAAGCAGGUCUUGAUAUGUCGAAAAAGGACAUUACCACCGCCGAGCAAUCUCACGCAACAGAAAAACCACGAACAUUGUCCACAGGAGGUACUGUGAAUGAAGAUACCAAUAUGCACUUCGUCCCCGUUACAGCACCAAAGGACAUCGAUGACGGAGAUGCCAAAAGCGAGCCGUCAGAGACCGAGGAAGCCGAGGAAGCUACCAGUGCCACAGUAGAUGAAGCCGAACAUCACAAAGAUGACGAAGGCCAAGAAGGUGCAGAAGAGGAUGCGGAAGGCGAAGAGGACGGGGAUGAGGAAGAUGAAGAGGAAGCCAAGAGACGUAGACUAGUCGAGCGCAUGGCCAAGAUUUCAGGCGGGAGAAACAUGUUUGGUAUGAUGGGCAUGUCAACACCUUUCGGCGCACCUCAGAAAGAAUCUUCUAAGCCAAAGAGAAGCAAUCUGCUGAAGAAAAUUCCAUCAACUCAGGAGAAUCCAACGUCCCCAACCUCCGCCCCUUCAGUACCGAUCGUUCCUCCACUGGCAAUGCCGCUACCUGGCAUGGCACAACCUCUUCGCCAGGCUCAACCUGAAACUUCACAUACAGUAGUAAAUGAUGAUUUGUGUCAUCAGGGCGAGUCUGAUGACAAUCUGGACUUUGUACACGUGGAAGCAGCUGGCGAGGCCAACGAGAAACUCGAACUGCAGGACACAAAAUUGAGCUCAUAUCCGGAAAGUGUUUCGUCUCCUAGACGUAGUAUUGAUGCCACGAGACUCGAAGAGUCUGUUUUGGAGGGAGAGGCAACUGGAUAUGAAGCGGACGAAGAUGUGUCUGAUCGCGGUGGACUCGUGACACAAGAUGAAGAACUUCCGCCCACAUCCAAUAGAAUUCCAACACAUAAGUUACCUCCUCCCCCUCCACCAUCUGAUUCUCUGAGAGCUCCGCCACCAAUUGGUGUCUCGAUGCCUCCUCCUCCCCCACCACGCUCCUCUGUGCCACCGAUCCCCAGAACUCCAGCAGUCCCCCCAGUCCCACCAACCAGCUCAGUCCCACCUGCUAACUCUGCUCCACCCGUGCCGUCAUGUAUCCCACCAAUUCCCUCAGAAGCUCCACCUGUGCCGGCUUCUCCACCUCAAACUAAGUAUGCUCCACCACCAAAUCCUCUAGUGUCCCUGGCUCAAACUGAGAAAAGCAUUUCUUCAGCUGCUGGACUGUCCAUGAAAACUCUCAGUGCAGAUGGGGUCGUUAAUGAUUUUGAGGCGAGCUACGACACGGGGCUAAGUUACAGUGAACCCCCCAGACAGUUCAACACCACAAAAGCCAAAACUUUCUCAAAUCAUGUCUCAUACGCAGAGCCAGAUGCUCCGCCACGUAGAAGAAGCUCAGUACACGAUGGUCUCAGAAGAAGCUUUUCCCUUGGAAGAAAAUCCCUGACUUCCUCAAUCAGAAGUGAUAGCGAUCUGAUUGAGAAAGACUUGGAAGAUAUAAAAAGGGAGUUGAGUGAUCCUGCAAACUCCAGUGGCUGGUGGAUUGAAGAUAAACUCCCCGAGCUUUAUUCGUCAAAGCGAAUUGAGGUCCAAUUCGAAGUCGACACCAAUGACGUGCAGAAAAGACAUCAUCGAAACGUCAUUUACAAGGAUUUUUACAUUCUCUACAGUGAUUUAUCUCAGAUUGUUCUUGAACUUCAGUUUGACCAGAAACGUCCAAGAGAAAGCGUUCACUUGAACGGGUCUCGCAUAGUAAGAGCCCCACCAAUACAAGAAGAAGCUCUCAAAGAGCAAGGACAUGCUGUUGGAAGCCUAGUAAUCAAAACUGCGAAAGGGCUCAUUGGAAGCCAAAACAACGAGUCUAUCGUCAAUAUUAUUUUCGACUUGCUCGACUGUGAACCAAGCGUGUUACAGCCAGUGGGAAAGAAAUCGUUUGGAGUUGUCAUUUACAAAGCAGGUUCUCAUCUGGUGGCAACAUAUGCAAGCAUUAUGCCGGGAGAUAUUGUUUGCAUGAAGAAUGCCAAGUUUGCUUCGCCCAAAGACCUUACUGUAGGAGAGACCAGUCUCUACUCCAGCGUUGUUGUAGCAUACCACCCGGAGAACAAUCUGAUCCAGGUCAUUGAGGAUGAUAAAGACGGAAGUGUUUCUACGGGAAAUUACAAGCUUGGAGAGCUCAAGUCCGGGCAGGUUCGUAUUUUCCGGGUGGUGGACCGGGAAUACGUUGGAUGGGACUAA